AUGGUGGUGGUGCUGAAAUCAGAGAAACGGAAUGGUCAUCGUCAGAUUGAGCAUCGCUGCCGGCGGGAAUCCUGGACUCAAUUAAUCCUCAACCGACUAAUCCAUCUGUCGGACUAUCUGCGCUUCGCGGCCGCAUGCAAGCCGUGGUUCUCUGCCGCCGCCCAUCAGAAGGAUCGCCGUCGCAGAGAACCUCUCAAGCAGGUGGUUCCGUUCUUGUUGAUACCUUCGCCCGAUCGGAGUCCGGAGGCGAGGGAGGCGGAGGACGAACGCAGGAGACUUUACAGCGUCACGCAAAGAAAGGUCCUCAACACUGAGCUACUACGAGUUCCUUAUCCUCGGAGAAGCUGUGGUUCUUCGCACGGAUGGUUAGCAAACUUGGAAGUGGCGGAGGACCUGAGCAUUACGCUCCAGAACCCCUUCUCCGGUGAGACCCUCCGGUUCCCUCGGGUCAAUACUAGAGGUUCUAUCGCCAGUCCGGCCUGGCGUCGGUAUGAGUUCGACGUCGCUAAGGUUGUUUUGUCAUGUGAUCCUUGUUCGAGUCCGAAUGAUUUCGUUGUUUUGGCAAUUUAUGGACUCACGAAAUCAUUGGCCUACAUCAAACCUGGCGAGGAGGAUUGGACUUACGUAUGGGGUUUCGAUUUUUUCGAGGAUGCCAUGUAUCACAGGGGAAAGUUCUAUGUUGUGGAUAUAGAUUCUCGUGUAUUCUCCCUUGAUGUUAGGGAAAGCAACGAUCAAGUUAAUCGAGGUAGCAGCAGUGCCGGCGGCGGCAACAACGAUCAACAAAUCAUUAAGAAAGUUGAAGUCACAAGUUUGGGCGAUGACACAUUAUUGUUCUUGGGUCACAAUUUACUCUCUUUGCGUGUCGGCUUCACAUUUCCCUGGAUGCCGGGCAAAUUGCGUUUAUUAUACUGA